GUUGCCGGUGGCGACGGGUGCUCCUGUGCCUGUGCUGUGCUCCCUGUGUCCUAGUAGGGUCUCUGUGUGUACAUCACCCUGGCUGUGUGUUAUGGUAUGACCACCAGUACAGGCCUGAGCAGCCCUGCCCCUAUCCCACAAAUUCUACCAGAGAGCUUCAUUGCACCAGGGCUUACCAGAAAUGGCUACCUGGCCCCACACCCCACCAGCUCCUUCUGGGACCCCAAGCCCCACGGAGGGGCCCUCUGGAACCGGCUCCAGCUACACAUUGACCGCCAUUACAAUCCCAUCCUGAUGCCCAAAUCCAGCAAAGAGCACAAUGACCAUCUUGAUACCAAUAAUAAUAAUGCUAACUAUUUGUAGUUUUCCCUCCCCACCUUGAGUGCAGGGUUCUCUGAGAUCGGGAACUUUACAUCUCAAAUGGAGGAUUUUCAGGAGCUGCCCCUGCAGAUGUUUGUGUACUCCAUACACUUCGGGGACUACCCUGUCCUCAUUGAGCCUGCUAAACUGUGUGGACGUGGGCUAAAGAAGGGGCAGUGCCAUCUCCUACUGCUGGCCAUCAAGACCCAGGGCCUGAACCUUGAGAACCGCCAGGCCACCUGGCAGACAUGGGGCUUCAGGGGCGACGGGGAAAGGCGGGGUGGUGCCGAGGGUCUUCCUCCUAGGGAAGAACCAUGUAGAACCCCAUAUGGACAUCAGUGAGUUGCUGCAGCUGGAGAACCGCCACUACGGGGACAUCCUCCAGUGGGACAUCCUCCAGUGGGACUUCCAUGACUCCUUCUUUAACCUCACCCUGAAGGACGUGCUGCUGUGGGACUGGCUCUCCACCCGCUGCUCCAUGGCACGCUUCGUCUUUAAAGGUGACGACGACGUCCUGUUGCGGACCCCUGCUCUCUUAGACUACCUCCGGGAGCAGAKGAUCCAGUCAGGGGGGCCCAGGUCAGAGGGUAUGAAGGGAUUCAUGGUAGGGGAUGUGAUACGAGCGGCUGUCCCCAACAGAGUCAACUCUACCAAGUACUUUAUUCCUGAUAGUUUCUAUAAGGGGCUGUACCCUCCGUACGGGGGUGGGGGAGGUGUGGUGUACUCAGGGGAGCUGGCCCUGCGGCUCAACCGUAUCUCCCGGAGAGUUCACCUGUACCCCAUUGAUGAUGUCUACGUGGGCAUGUGCCUCCAUAGGCUUGGUGUCCACCCCAUCCACCACCCCGCCUUCCUCACCUUCGACUUCCCCAAGAAAGAGGGGGUAGAGCGGUGUGCGUACCACACUAUCUUACUGGUACACAAACGCAGCCKUGCUCAGGUGAUGAAGCUGUGGUCAGAGAUAAUAAGGAGCCAGACAGAGUGCAGCAACACCAUCCUGAGAAUGGAGAAGGAGAAUACACUUCUGAUAGAUCCAUUUAGUGUGAAAGACAACGAGGGACAGGAACUUCUGACAGAUCCAUGGGGUAGUUCUGGAAAUUCAGCUCUAUAGUGAGGUAAUCACUGACUGGCAUAAAACUGACAAAGGUUGGAUGGUGAUGGAAAAGGAAUGCUACCACUUGAGAAUAGGGAAGAGCCUGCAGGGCCUUCUGAAAGACCCUUGGGGUAUGCCGGAAACUUCCACUCCACACUGAGGUAACCACUGACUGGUUGUUAUAAAACUGAAGGUGAUUGACUGUCGAGAAGGUAUGCUGCCAUUUGAGAAUGGCGGAGAUGCAGGGCCUUCUGGGAGAACCACAGGGUACAACUGGAAACUUCCACUCAUAGUGAGGCAUUCAGACUGGCUUUCCUAUCAUAGAAAACAGACAUAUGGUGAUUGACUAUCAAGAAGGUGUGCUGCCACUUGACAAUGGCGAACAGUACCAAUUAUUACUGUAAACACAACAAUGUAAAAAACCCGAGGCUACAUUUGAGAAAUAGUAGACCGGCUGUUUUAAAACUGACUCAAAUGAUAGAUGGAGAAAGGUAUGCUACCAGCUGAGAAUGGCCCUGUAAUAAGGCCACACAAUGUGAGAAACGUGGACCUACAUUUGAGAGAAAUACUGGAUGUUGAAGAAACGUUUGUUUGGAAGUAUUUAUUGAAGUAUAAACCAGAAUGACUUAAUUGGUAGUCAUCUGUGAUGUAUGUCACUACAUACAUGUGCAUUGCAUACAUAGCUCAACUGCCUCCUAUUGAACAGGUUGUGGUUCCUUGCUGUGGGCAUGAAUUCUCAUGCUCAGUUUCUGGGCUCGGGGGCUAGUUAUGAGAAAAAAAGAUAUUAAGGGGUUAAGUCAGAUUUAUGAGGUGCAACAAACAUUUUUAGAUACAUCGAUUUUACUGAUUUAACCACUGCCAGUGCAUAAUUGCCAAUUUAGAUCUGAGGUUUAGGUAUUAGAAACAGGUUAAUGAGUAAAUAAAUGUGCAAAUAACCCUCUGACAAAUGUUGUGCACUCUGAACAUUAAACAAAACUUUAAUCUUUGAUUAUAUAACAAUGAAUCAGACAUUAGACAAAUGUUUAAUUAAAUAAGUUUUUUUCUGAUGAAAGACCACAAUAAAGAUUUUAUUACACAAUCAUUAUGUACAUAAAUUAUGACCUCUUCAGUCAGGAAUGUCAUGGACCAGUUCAAUAUUUCAACAAUUAACCUACUUUUUAGCAGUUUAGCAAAACAUGCUAAUGUUCCUCUCUAGGACAAGUGGUAUAAGUAUGAUAUACCUAACCUAUUAUGUCCAUGGGAUGCUAAGUUCAACCACCAAA